AAUGGAGAAGUACAUAUUGAAGCAGGUGUUAGUCCUUUAGCAAAAAAUUUGGCUAAAUUACUUGAACAAGAAAGAAAUUCUUUUUCAACACCAACAUCAGGGAUAUUUGGUAAAAAUUAUCUUGAGCAAACUACAACAAAAUUAUCAUCAGAAAAAAAAUCUUUAUCAUUACGACCUUUAGCACCUAAAAAUGCUUCAAGUUCAUUACAACAAUCACAAAAUCAAAUUGGUACACAAUCAGAUCCAACAAAUACGGAAUCUAUAAAAGAUUUAUUAAAAGGUUUACAACAUCAUCUUCAACGUAUUAAUCAAAUACCUGGACAAACAAAUUCACAUAUGCCAUUAUUUCAACAUACACCUUUAUCAGAGCAACAACCAUCAGCUGAACAAAUAGCUGAAUUGAUAGCUGAUCAAGGUACGCGUCAAGACUUAAGCCCACUUGUCGCAGGAAACCAAUCUAAAGUAAGAUUAUUUCAUCUAAAUUUAUGUUUCAUAUCUUUUAAUACUUUUAUAUUUGUUUAAAUACUCAGAUUUUUAUCCUGUUUCGGUACGGAAUUGGCAAAAUGAUCAACCAAUUUCUCCACAGCUUCCAUCAUAUUCAGUUUGGCCAUUACAAGGUCAAGAGACAGACAAUUUGUUUCACCUCAAAAUG